GACACAUUUCUCACUCGUCAAAGAACGUUUUUCCCCUCCUUUCCUUUCUUUCCUCAAAACCACCAUAACAACCCCCUGACGGGACGUUCUGCGCACCCACGAGGAAGGUAAGACCUUCUUUGUCGCUGUCGGUAGCUGUUCUACAACAUGGCUGCUUUGCUCCUUGCCUCUGAAGUGCUCCACACACCUGGUAGUGGCUGGGUUUGUGGCAGAUGGGAGACCUUGUGAAGCACUGGUGUCAAUAGGCCCAGCUGAACUCGUUGUGCUGCUUCUCUAUGCUUCUAUCGACUGCUCCAUCGCUGCUUGAGAAGACCAGCGCGGUGUUAUGGGGCAUCAUGCUCCCUUUUUGGUGUCGGGGUAUUUAGAUCAUAAGGUGAAAUGGGAGCUUACAGGCCAGAAAUUGGGGCCAGUCUUUCUCUUUCUUUAAUCUCUGGACAUAAAACAUCAGAAUUUGUCUUCUCUGGAAGCUUCCCUUUAAGUCCAUUGCUGCCUGGGAGCCCAAGCAACAAUGUGGGAAGAAUGAGGGUAUUUGGCACCUGUUGGAUAAUGCUCCAAGUAAUCAAGAAGGGCUUCAGAGAUUUCCUACUGAAAACUAUAACAGCAAGUAUAUUCCGAAAAGAGGCUUCUACCAAAUUCACAUUUGUUUCUCUUAAUUUCUUUGUCAUCUCAUCUGUUACAGCUCUGCUCUGUGCUGUGAAAACAGGCACAAUUCCAAGCCCCAUCAGUUCAAGUACAGUCCAUGGUGUUAUGGAAUAAACUAGAACAAAGGAAAAUUGAGAUUAAGCCUCAGAAAACAUUUCCUAAUGGGCAGAUCUAUUAGACGGUGGAACAGAGGCUGCAGAGAUGAGUGGGAAACCCAUCACAUGGGCAGAACUGCAGAGGAGACUGGAGAAGGGAUUAGGUAGCCUGGCAGGGGGUGAGCAAACUGAUCUACUGAGGUUCUGCUUCUUCAUAUCUUGAUGAUUUGUGUCUUGUCAGCCUUUCCCCACCCUUUUCCCUCACCCAAGUCCCUGUAGAGCUUGCUGAUGCUCCCAAGAAUGCAGCUUCCUACACAGAUAUGGAUGGUGCCAUAGCAGUGUUAGAAAAGCCAUAAAGGCAUGUGGGUCUUAAUGGCUUUUUUUAAAAAAGCUGAUUCCUAUUAAGCUUAACGAGAAAGAGGAUUUUCUGAGAACUCUCAGACACUGCAGUUCCUGUGCUGCCCUGUAAAGCAGAUGGCUUCAGAAGGAGCAGAAAGCCUACGAAGCAUCAGGCUUUGUACAGGUCCUGAGCCCACUCAAACAGUACAGGAAACACAGGUGGAGCAGUUAUCUUCUGAGAGGUCAGAAAGGGCAGCAGCUUUGACUUGUACAAGCCCUGAGUAGGGGGACCAGCAGCACUACUAUACCAAGGGCAAAGGACACUGAGAUGAAUAUUCCCAACUCAGACUCUAUGGGUUUGAGCUGAGCAACGUGACCAGGAACAGAAAGAUGCAUGAAGCACAUCCUUUCCUCACCAGUGAUCAAAGCAUUUCGAUCACUGAAUUAUGCUAAAUUAGGCUUACAAAAUCCCCAGAAGUGACAGGAAGGGCCCUGUUAAGACUGGGGCUGAAAGGGCACAACAGAGACUGGGGGACCCAGGCUGGAGAUAGCCUAGAACAGAGGGCAGACAGCAGUGGUAAUGGGGAACAUGGGCAGCUUUCUUCAGACUCCGGCAAACAGAGAGCUGUAGCCACUGUAAGGGAGGGAGGUCUUAAGACAACCCUACAUCCCCAAAUCCUAUUCAAAUAACUGGAACAGAGAGUCCUUAGAGUUACCAAAGUAACAGAAAAGCCUCAUGCAGAUCUAGCCCCUUACUUUCUGUGCCCCAGAUCUGUAUUUGGAAAAUAGAGAGAGCAUGCUGCCUGCUAGUGAUGCAAUUCAACACUCAGAAUAGACCUUUUCACAUAGGAAGUGAGUGAUUGUGAAUGCAAACUUCCAUUACCACUUGCAAGUCACACGCUUUGCCCAAAUGCCUGCUGGUCACAUGCAAACACACACCUACACUUCAGUGCAGAUGUGCUUUUGCAAGAACUAGCUGAGUUAUUGAAGUCCAAGUCAACUUCCCCUGCUUCUAAAAGUGUUCAUUUUCCUCUUCAGAAUUUCUCCUUCAGGAAUUUCUUACUACCAUCUUGUAACCCCUUGCAGUCUGAAGGAUGUUUAGUCCUCCUAAAAAACACUUACAGAGCUCCUCCCAUGGCUGCAGAUUAGCCUUCAAGCUGAGAUUCAUCUUUUGCCUUUCAAAGCUCAGAACAACUUAAUGCUCAGUCCAGCCUUGCUGUCAAGUUGGAGAUGGCUGUUAGGUUCUGAGGUGCCAUUUUAUUUUAUUUUUCUGGUCAAGCACUGCAAUGAGUUGCCCAAGGAAGUGCUGAAGUCCCCAUGCCUGGAGGUGUUCAAGGGACGCGUGGGUAAAGCAUUAAGGGGCACGGUUUAGCAAUGGGACUUGGCAGGUCAGGAUGAUGGUUGGACCUGUGCCAUUCUGUGAUUCUAUAGAGACAAACCUCAAGAAAUAUCAGAACUGUCAACUAUCAUUUAUUGACUCAAAUCUUAUACUCACAUCUGAGGGAAAAUCCUGCAGCUGAGUUGCACAGCACCACUGCUUUCUGCCCAGAUUCUCCCUCAGCCAAUUUUUUUGGCAAAUAAGCAAGUAACAGUGCACCUAGAUGAGUGUUGAAAUCCAUUAUAGCCUUAAAAGAAAAGUAUUUAUGCUUCCAAAAAUCUUCUAAAUAAUCCCUCAGUAGAGUCUAUUCAGUAAAGAAAGCCAUGAUGGGUUGCGUCAACUAAGAACAGAUGGCUCAUCUGCUAUCCUGCUCCUAUCUGCUUCUUUUCCAUCCCGUCAGAAAAAUUCCAGUAUGGCCAUGGAGCAGACCACAUUGGUAUCUAAAAAGCUGAGAUUUGCUGGGUAGAUGGAAAACUAGCACAAUAUUUUGGGUGAGAAUGAUGACCCUCUUCCUCUUAGUUGUUUACGCUGAUCCUGAAGAUUAUGGGUAUAGAUGUACAUGUAUGGCUAGCCCCCUGGUGUCUUAUCUGAGAUUAUUAUCUGUCACACACAGAGCUGAAAGGCAGAGGUGACUACAUAGUGUAACUACAUCUAUUUUUAAACAACUGCAGAAGCAUUUUAUAAAGCCCUAAGGAGCAGCAUGAGACUGCGUGCACUUCUCUAAGUCAGUGGAAGAAGCUCUCCCCAAAUCCUGCAUCAGAUGUUCAGGGUUCCCACAGCUGUCAUCAUGUCAAGGUAUAAAGGACAGACAGAUGUCAGCAAGAGUCCUGCCACAGCCAGAAGCAGUGCAGACAGACACACAGCCCAGACUGCCUCUGUGCUGUGCAAGGAGCCAGCAAGCGCUGCCCCAGGGAAUGCAGUUUUGAUGCAGGGACAGACAGGAGCCUGGAGGAGGGCCCUAGGAGUGUGGUGGCUGUAGAUGCCAGAGGCACAGGCAGAAGUUGAGGAGGGUUCAGUGCUACCUGCAGCUCUGCACUCACGUUACCAGGGCAGGGUUAAACAGCACCGGGCAAUUCUGAGAACUCAGCCAGACCCACGCAGGGCAUGACAUGCCCUGCACAGCUGCCAAUGCCCCAACUCCCCAGGACCUGGAAGGUUUUCCAUUCCGUCUCUGCUGGGAUUGCAGAAGAAAAACCUAUUUGCAACUAAUUGUUGUUGGUCUCGCAGCCUGGUUCGUGGUGGGUGGGUCUCAGCAACAACAAUUCUGCCAGCAGUGCCCAAGCAACCACGGGAUGGGAACAUCCAGCCUGUCCCACCAUGGCUGGGUGGGAGCCAGCAUCCUGGAGGGCACUGCAGCACAAAGCCCCGUCCUUGGACCGCAAUGUUCUCCUUCAAGAAUUUGUUUUGAUGGGUUACUGGCGGACCACAACAGAAGUAGUUGGCAUGUUCAGCCGACAAGGGGAGGCUGCAAGAGGGUAAAGCAGAAGCGAAGUGACCAGAGAGCUUUCUAGAAGACAGCCUUAACCCUCUGCUGCUCAAUGCAGUGUCCUGUGCUCAAAGAAAAGGGGAUGAUGUUUGUAUUUUCAGCUGCAAGCGUUCAACAUUAGUUUGCUUGGUGGAAGAGUUAAAGGAGAUGGUGCAUCUUGCCCACAGUAAGCAGCAGGGACAGCACAGGCAGACAUUAAUGCAUCCUUCCGUUGAUGGAUGCAACUUUCCAUUGACAGCAUAGAAAGGACAAAAGCUAAGAGUCUGCCAGAUCAUGAAGAAAGAGCUAUUUUUCACCUUAGUGUGGCUGAUCACUGAGCCAUUUCACAUAGAAAUGCAGGGCAGCAGUAACUACUCUUCAUGUAGCCCUUCUCUGUGAACAAGCAGAGGACCUGUUCUCAUUUCAGACACUGAUGCUCAACAAAAGACCACCCAAAAAUGUCAACAGUGGAAGAAAAAAUGUUUCUGCAUUCAGUGUUUUUCAGUAUUCCAUGGAGCUUUGGCUGGACUAGAAGUUACAUUGGCCAGAGAAAGAAACUGAGAGCGUAACUUUCCCUAAAUGGAACUCAGAAUUGCAGAAAUUAGAUAUGGGAAAGUCCUAUUAGCUCAUCCCAGUUUCUUCCUGCCCAUGGACAAUAGUUCCCUGUAGUACUUUUUCUGACCCAGUCAGUGCUAAGUGAGUAGCAGUGGGACUUCCACUAUCCUCCCCGGAGAUACAGUUCCACAUCCUGAUGGAUCCUAUUAGGAAAUGUUUCUUAGUAAUGAGCAGAAAGUAAGGCUGGUUAUCAUCUUCAUUAUCCCCAUAGCAUCUUUUUCAGUGCAUCCAAACAAGCUUUUACUCCAAAAGAUGAUCAUAUUCUUCAGAUGCUUGAUGGUUGCUCUCAUUCCCUGCCUGCUGUCACACCUGUUCAACAUAUAAUACACAUAAUUAGUUCCUACUCAUUAGUCACAUCAGCCAGGCCCUUCACUUGCUCCAUCCUGUGCUUGCAAUGUUUACAAACACUUCUAGUAUCAAAACACAUACUGAAAUAAGCUGUCUCCAUCCACAGCUUGCAGGUGCCAGGAUGGUGUCCACCACCAGCACUGAAUCAUAUGGGUGGGUUUGCGGUUUGAUUUGUUUGCUGUUGGCAAAACAACAACAUUUGUUUGGCAGGGCCUUGGUUUUCAUCUGUUCCACGUAAACAAAACUCAUCUUUGUGCAUCUGAGAAGCAAUGAAUGCACCCAACCCUCUUCCAACCCCUUUCCCACCACCCAAUUAUUCACAGGAAUAUUUUGCUCACAAAAGCAGUGCCUGUGGCAAACACCCGAAGCCCCACAUUUGGUCAUGCCCACACUGGCUGCUGGACCUCUUUGCCUGGCCUUUCAAUAUGGGAUUGAGAAACCACAGUGACUCGUGGCCAUUUGAGAGCCCAUGGCUCUUACUGCAAGCACAGGGCAGUUCGCUUUGGUGUCUCAGCCAAGUUCUGAGCUGGAUAUAUUUACUCUGUCUGCCUAAAUCCCCUCUAGCAGAGCUAGGGAAGGUCAUCUCCAUAAGGUACUAUUGUGUCAGCAUUGUGGGGCUGGGUUAUGGAGCACCUCGAGCACAUGGCAGCCUUCCUCCUGCCUGAGGUUCGGGGCACCAACACCACUGCAAUACAACCUGCUCACUCCUGCCUGAGUAGUAAUUGCAUAUCCCUGUCCUUUUCUUCCCCUGAUGGCAGGGAUUGGAGAGCUCUGGGGACAGCUUCAGAGCAGGACUAUAAAACAGAGCAAGAUUACGGUUAUGUGUAGAGGUAUUGUCCAAAGAAAAGAUGCCUUGUAUCAUAGACAGAAGCGAGGUAGUUUGGGAUGGACCAAUGCAAUACAGAAGACCAACAGAAGCCUGGCAAUAUCUACCAUGUCAAAUGAUCCAAUAACAAAAGCUCAGUAGGGAGAAAAUACAGUAACUGUUGGCUCAUACAAAAUUAAGCAGAAAGAUGAAGGAACCGAAACUAGUUCAGCAUUAAUCUCUGUACGCAUCAGAUGAGAUGUAUUUCCACUGAACCAGCAGGUUUUAACCCAUCUGAGAGAAACUCUCAUGGAAGGUUAACCAGCAGGUGGGUGAGCUGCCCAAGGUAUCCCUAGACAGCUUGUCUCCCUCUCCAGAAUACCUGAGAUCCAGCACCAACACCAGGAGCAAAGGAAUAGGGUAUGGAGCCCAGCAGCCAAUCUAGUACAGCUGCAUAAGGAACAGUUGUCUCUUUUCAGGCCAAGGGCUGCACGCUCACAUGCCACAGAGAACCGUGCUGGAAUCCCAACCCCUUUCUGGUUGGCUGUCAGCUCCAGCUCCACCUGCAUGGCAGGUAAAUGCAGGGACAGGUGCUGCACUCACUCAUCCUCAGGGCAUCCUGACAUCAUUCAUUUAGACACACUGACCCACAGCUGAGUUAUCAGACCACAGAGCACUCACCAACACCAGGCAGCAAACAAUGCACUGUGUUUAACCAUGCUGGAACCUAAUUAAAAGCUGUUCAGGAUGAGUGGGUCCAGGGGGCCAGAAGUGUUUCCAGCGGCUCUACAAAGGAUCAGCAGGGUGUUCACAGCCUUCCAAAGCAAAUCCACACGCAACAGCUGAGCACAAGUAGCCUUAGGGCAGCGUUCCUCUGCUUUAUGCCACCAACCCCUACCCACGGAUCAUGCACCCCACCUGUGCCCCAACAGAAGCUCCUUAAUGGGCAUAUUUGGAAUAGGAGAGGAUGCUACUGCAAAUCAGGAGGUCCAAGGGGGGGAGUCCCCCCGUUUGUGGGGACCAGAACUCAGGAUUGUUCCUACAUUAACCCAGCUACUAAAGGGAAUAGCAGUGCUGUCCUUUUCCUUGUACCAGGGUACCUGGGACUGUCCACACUACUGUAUAUCCACAAAAUAUUAAUGUCAGCUUGUCUUGAAGCAAAGCAUCACACUUAACUGGAUUUCUGUGACCCUCAUCAAAGGCAGCACUUUUAAUAUGGUUCUGGACAUUCUGGUUUAUCAGGGUCUGCCAGGUCCUACCUAUGAUGAACUCUUGUUCAGGGAUCUUUUAAUGGAAGAGAAGUACAAUAUAAAGAACCAAUACCCUUUUCUUUAGGAAAGGAGCCCAGACUCCUAUAGUCAGUGGCAGAACUAAUUACCAACCCUGUGGCCAAUAAUCACCCAGUGCAAAGCAAACAGCAGCCACUCUGCACCAAGAAAGACAGUGAUAUCCGCAUGCUUGGUUGUCUUUCUGUGCAUACUCCAUAAGCAAAGCACUAAGAGAUAGGUAGAAGCUGUCAGAGCAUGUGAUACACCACAGGCCUGACCACACAUAAAUACAAAACAAGUUCAUGCAUGAAGUAGGACCACCACCUUUAAGUGAUCCAUUGGUGCUUCCUACUGCAGAACUUGUAGAACAUCCCCAGCUGGAAGUGAUCAUCAAAUCCAACUCCCAGCUCCACACGGCACCAUUCAAACGCUAUGGCUGAGAGCGCCAGCAUCCAGGAGGAGCCUGCUGCAUGCCCACCACGCUUGGGUGCAGAGCCUUUUCCUAACGCCCUCCCCUUGCUCAACUAAAUGGGUAACUGUCAUAAGAACGAAGUUACUCUCACUGUGUUUUGGCUCAGGGGACCACACUCUGCCCGAUUUCUGUUGUGCAGCACUGCAGAAACAUCUGCCCCAGCAUUCUGUGGGUUCACAGCCACCAGUGAAAAGCUCGGAGGAAGCAGGCUGGCACCAGACAACAAGGCAAUCCCAGCCAUUAAAGUAACAGCUGGAGCAAAGCAGGCAGAUAGCUGUAACCACUGGGCCCAGGCAGGUGGUCCCCCCCUCCCCAUCUCCUGCUCUCAAGGAGAGAAGAGCAAAUUGCUUCCGCUCAUUAGCAUCUGACAAAUAACCACAGAAGGAAAACAAGUCCCCAGCAGGAUAUGAAUGAGCUCAGGCCUUUACUGCCAUCUGAUUGCACCAAACAAGCGUGUCAUCAAUUCUCCACGCACUGCUGCACCAUUUCUCCUGUUCUGAGGAGGAUGGGCACCCUCAGCCUCAGGUUUAGAGGGGCCAACGUGAAGCAAAGCAGCAAGGAGAUGUGGAGCAGGAGCAUCCCAGCAGUGCUGAGCCCCUGCAUGGGCCUCAUGAGAACCACUGUGGAAUUGCAUGUUUUCCCUUCAGAAAGGACUAUGGGCUCUCUCUGUGGCCAAAAGACUCCCACGUUCUGCUUCAAGGAGCAGAGGCGUGCAGAGUUUCUGCACAUGGACAGGGAUCCAUGGGCAGAGAUGGGCAGGUUGGGCUUACAUGCUCACUUCAACAGUGAGAACAGAUGGGGUCCUUGGGGAAAAAAAAAAAACAGGCUUCCAGCAACAGCAGGGAGCUUUUUCCAUGCAAUUUCUGUCAACACAACCAUUUCAGGUAGGACUGAUUCAGGAACACACACUGACAAGUAAAGGAGAUUGCUAUCUUCAAUGACAAGCACUAGGCACCUUGCUUGGGCGAGCAAACAAAUGGGCUCAGAGCUUCAUCAGCUCCCACUCACACACAGCUCAAGUGUUAACACGUGGUUGGGUGGCUGAGGUUUGGGUGUGCAGUCAGCAGCAGGGAGGUCAGAAAGCAGCUGAAGCCAGGAAAUGUAAGUGCUCAUGAGGAAAUCUUUGGAAGAGCUGCCAUGGAAUGCAUAAAUGAAAACUGAACAUUAAUCACAAGCAAUUAGAAGGCUACGGUCAGGACAAUCCAAAGCAAGUUUAGGGUUUUGCUUUAAAUUGUGAAGCAUUUAGAGUCGAAUUAAAGUUAGUUUGAGUCUAUUGUCAUUUAGCAUUGAAAAGACCAUGUCCCAUGACAUGGGAGGCAGCUCAGCCCAUCCUCUUGCAUACAGCCAGCCCUCAACUCACAAUGACAUCGAAAGGCAGCUUCUGCACUUGUGACAUCAUUCAACCCUUCAAAAGAGAGUGGCCAGCUACAUGUAGAUUUGAUUGACUGGCGUCUUGGAAGUCUGGCAGUCUUCCUGCCUGGCUUUCCUGUGCAUCGUGGUGUGCAGACUGUACUUUUUUACGUGGGCGUUCUUUUUUACCAGUGCCUCCUCGUGUCAUAACACCAACUUGCAGACAUGGACUUAUCACAGCCCCGAGGGGCUGAGCACCCAAAGUACCAGCCAGGAGCACUCAGUAUUUGCACUGCUGCAGCCCGAGGGACAAAGAUAGAGCUGGUGAUGGAGAAAACAGGUCCUGCUGCUUGGAAGCCCUGCAUCGCCUCCUCCAGGCACUGGUUUGUCAUGUCUGGCAAAGCAACACAUGAAAUCAGUUCUCAUUUUUGCCUGCACUUCACACUGCAGGAAAAGAAAGUUGUGGGAGGUUUGUUUGAGCCUGCUGAGGUUGUGUCAGGGUUGCUCAGGUCCACCUGGAGGCAACGUGAAGGAACAGAGCCAUAGCUUGGAGCGAGAGCUUAGCCAUGCCCUGGAGCCCUGAGGUGGUGUGUGGGUAGGAGAAAGAGCCUGGACACUCUUAGGGCUGUAAAUCAUCCUGUUCAAGGGUACCAAUCUGCUCUCAGACUUCAGGGGAUGACUUUCCCACAUGGCUGAGAACAUAGAAUAGUUUUCAGGAAUGAUUAUAUGGUUCAUCUGUGGCAGCAAGUGUUAUGCAGAAGGGGUGCCAGGACCUGAACCAAGGGGUUCCAUGGCCGGAACCAAGGGGUUCCAUAGCCCAAGCCAAGCUCUGAUCCCUGCCUUCACUCUGAUAUCUCCCCGAGGCUCUCCUGACUCCAACCCUGGGCUUGGAGAGAAAAACACUCUGUUUGUGACCGAACUGCCUGUGUAGGCAGUUGGAAACUUCGUAGGAGCUCAGUGAUGAUCAAUGGAUUCUGCUGAUUGAACAGUUUUCAAACGUUCCAUUUGCUGUGAUGUUUUGGUCCCAGACUUUACAGAGAAGGGAACCAGUGAGUUUAGGUGCCUCAGCCUUUUACCUAAUCACUGUUUAUCCCAGGUAGCGAGUGGAAAUUAGCAGCACAUGAAGAAGGCUGUCAACCUCCUACCGCACACUCAGUGCUUCCUCUUCCUUCCUUCGUGAAUGUGACUCAUCAGCUUACUCUGCAGUCAAAAACAGGAGUUGCAAUGCUUCCUCUUCAAUCCACCACCAGUGCUCCCACCUGAGGAGCUGAACUGGGGGUUACUGAACCCAACGUCAGGGCUGCUUUGCUUCCUGGAGCAUUUCCAAUGAGCUCCAAGCACUGACUGCUGUUUAUAGCUAUGGAGUGUUCUUGUUUGCCUUCUGUCUCAUACUGGCAGAUCGGCUGAGAUCCCACUUUGUUUCACUUGUUGACUUUGAUUAAAGGGGCUUCAGAACUCAGAACUUAGGCUUGCUUGAGCUGCCUGACAGGCCUUAUGCUUGUUCCACGUGCAGGCUGCAAGUGCUGCUGACGGCUUCCUGUUGUGGUUUCCUGCCUUAGCUGAAACACCUCCUCCCCGCGCCUGGUCUCCCUUCCUGUUCUCAUCAGAGGGGCACUUCUGGGCUUAAUGAGAACAACAAACAAAUAGGUAGAGAAGAGUCUGCUUGCCAUAAAGCCAAUUCCCCAUUGGGUCUGUUGAACACUGAGCAGAGCAAGGUGCACAGGGCAGAAUGGUUUCCUCCUAGCUCCUACACCAUCCCUACCAAACCAGAGCACACAUCAGACCCUUCCCUAGCCUUGGGAGCCCAGAGCUGGCAAGAGGCAGCCAGUUAUGGAUGCCCCAUCCUUCGAGGUGCCCAAGGCCAGUUUGGAGGGGGCCCUGAGUAGCCUGAUCUGGUGGGGGGGGCACACAGCUCUCAGUAAGGGGUUGGAGCUUGAUGAUCAUUAAGAUCCCUUCCAACCCAACCAUUCUAUGCUUCUGUGAUUCUGAUGACCAACCAAGCACAGCUCCAGCCUGAGAGCCGCUUCUGCAACAGCACAGUGGGACCAGUGAUCAGCAUUACUCUUCCCAUCGUGUUCAGAAGUGGGGGUGAUGCUGGGAAAAAUCAGGGUAAAUACCAGAGAAUUGGCCAACGGGAUGGGUUCCCUUUACUCUAAACAUGAGUGAUGCAUUUGUGGGAAAUGCGGAGGGACACCAUGACUGGCAUGGUUAGUGGGCAUGGUGAGGAUGGGCUGAUGGUUGCACUAAGAUGCUCUUAGUGGUCUUUUCCAACCUUAACGAUUCUAUGAUUCUCUCACUCUGGCCUUUUUGGGGUCAGCAUCUGCAUAAUGACAAAACUGAAGAUUAGGCUCCAAGGAACAAAUGAGACCCUGUAAACGUCGUAGGAUUUCCGUUAAUCAACGUGGGUGAUUUUAGAUGUUUUGAUACAAAACCAGUAACUCAGGGAAAGGGGCUCUGCAGUGACUCAGUCAAUGAAGUGCCAUUUCUCACUGCGCUUUCACCGAGAAGCCUCACUGAAGCAGCAUAGUGAUUAAGCACCAGUAGCGUGUGAGCCGAGCCGGGCAGUCCCAACGUGUGCAGCAAUGCCGGAUGCUGCCGCUCACCUGCCCUUCUACUAUGGCAGCAUUGCCAGGUCGGAGGCUGAGGAGUACCUGAAGCUGGCUGGCAUGUCGGACGGGCUGUUCCUGCUGCGGCAGUGCCUGCGCAGCCUGGGGGGCUACGUCCUUUCCAUGGUGUGCAACCUGCAGUUCUAUCAUUAUGCCAUCGAGCGCCAGAUGAACGGAACCUACGCCAUCGCGGGUGGCAAAGCACACUGCGGGCCCGAGGAACUUUGUGAGUUUUACUCCAAGGAUGCUGAUGGGCUCUGCUGUACCCUCCGCAAACCCUGCAACCGCCCCAGCGGCGUGGAGCCCCAGCCGGGGGUCUUUGAUAGCAUGAGGGACAACAUGGUGCGCGAGUAUGUCCGGCAGACAUGGAGACUGGAGGGGGAUGCCCUUGAACAGGCCAUUAUAAGCCAGGCCCCGCAGGUGGAGAAGCUCAUUGCCACCACAGCCCAUGAGAGGAUGCCCUGGUACCAUGGCAACAUUGCCCGGGAUGAAGCUGAGCGGAGGCUCUACUCCGGGGCACAACCCGAUGGGAAAUUCCUGCUGAGAGACAAAAAGGAAAACGGCGCUUACGCUCUGUCCCUUGUCUAUGGCAAAACAGUUUAUCACUAUCGGAUCGACCAGGACAAGUCUGGCAAGUACUCCAUCCCCGAGGGAACCAAGUUCGACACGCUCUGGCAGCUGGUGGAAUAUUUGAAGCUCAAACCAGACGGGCUGAUUUUCUACCUGAGGGAAAGCUGCCCCAACCCCAGCAUGGCAGCCUCUGCAGCACCGGCUCCACCGACCCACCCCUCCGUGAGCAAAAACCUUGGGCCUCUCAAUGCAGAUGGAUACACACCGGAACCUGUAGCUGCAGGGAAGUCACGUGUGCUACCCAUGGACACCAGUGUUUAUGAGAGCCCAUACAGUGACCCCGAGGAACUGAAGGAUAAGAAACUCUUCCUGAAGAGGGACCACCUGAUGAUCGAUGAAGUGGAAUUGGGAGCAGGAAACUUUGGCUGCGUCAAGAAAGGAGUCUACAAAAUGAGAAAGAAGCAGAUCGAUGUGGCCAUUAAGGUGCUGAAGAGCAACAAUGAGAAAACAGUGAGGGAUGAAAUGAUGACGGAAGCUCAGAUCAUGCACCAGCUGGACAACCCGUACAUCGUCCGCAUGAUUGGGGUCUGUGAGGCAGAGUCCCUGAUGCUCGUGAUGGAGAUGGCUUCUGGUGGACCACUCAACAAGUUCUUGUCUUCCAAGAAAGACGAGAUUACAGUCAGCAAUAUUGUGGAGCUGAUGCAUCAAGUAUCCAUGGGGAUGAAGUACUUGGAAGAAAAAAACUUUGUCCACAGGGACUUGGCAGCAAGAAAUGUCCUGCUGGUCAAUCAGCAUUAUGCCAAGAUCAGUGACUUUGGCCUCUCAAAGGCUCUCGGUGCUGAUGACAGCUAUUACAAGGCCAGGACAGCAGGAAAGUGGCCUUUGAAAUGGUACGCGCCAGAGUGCAUCCUUUAUCACAAGUUCUCCAGCAAGAGUGAUGUAUGGAGCUACGGUGUGACCAUGUGGGAGGCCUUCAGCUAUGGGCAGAAACCAUACAAGAAAAUGAAAGGCCCAGAGGUCAUCAGUUUCAUAGAGCAAGGGAAGCGCAUGGACUGUCCCACUGAGUGCCCAGCAGAGAUUUAUGCCCUCAUGAUGCAAUGCUGGACCUACAGUUGGGAAGAGCGCCCAGGAUUUUUUUCAGUGGAAAACACAAUCCGCACCUACUACUACAGCAUUGCCACCAAGACAGAAAAUGGUCCAAAGGCAGAGGACAAGUCAAAAGCAGCUUUUCCCUGAGUUUCCCUAUCUGCCCCUCAACACACACCCUGGACUUCCUGCACAAGACCUGGAAAGGCUCUUUGCAAACUUUGACUUUAAUUUUUUAUAUGGUCGGGUUUUUUUCACUCCAGAACUAAGAAGCCAGGAGUUAAUGCUGCCAGCAGACAGCAGAGGAGAGCACUCAUCUGCGCUCUGUGUCUCCCAGCUGCCAGCCAUGGUUUACACCUCCAACCUGACCCGCACACGACAGUACAGGACAGCAUUGUAGUUCCUUCCUACCCACUUCCAAAACCAUAUCCCAGUAUCAUAGCUUAAUGCCAACCAGGCUUACUGGGGAUGAACUGUGCUGGCUCCAGCAGACCUUAAUUUCUCCCAGUCCCUCAGAAAACAAUUCUUGUGCUGGGAACCUGCUCAGCACAGGGCAUGGUGUCUUCAUCCCUACAGUGGUUAAGGCUCUUCAUACAACAAAACCCCAAACAUCUGUUGCUUGCCCCCUGGGCCCUGACUGCCUCUGUGCUACUGAAAUGAGCGUUUUGGUAACUCUAUAAAUAAACUAUAUUUUUUAGCA